AUGACCGUGGAAACGGAUUUACAGGCUUCAGCCGCUGAAAUGCUGUAUGGUACCACGUUAAGAGUUCCUGGCGAAUUCUUCAUAUCCGAAGACACGCCGGCACCGGACCCUCAAAUUUUCGUGGAAAUGUUCCAACAGCACAUGCUGCAAGUCAGAUCGGUUCCAGCAGCGCAUUAUGAAAAGAGAAAGGUCUUCGCGCAUAAGGUUCUUUACUCGUGCACACACGUUUUCGUACGUGUAGAUGCUGUACGUAAACCCUUGGAGCAACCAUACGAAGGACCGUACAAAGUAAUCAGUCGGGCAAGGGAUAACGUAUUCAUCGUUAAUGUAAACGGUACACACGUCAGCAUCACGACUGAAAGGCUGAAACCCGCUUUCGUAGAGGUCACGGAAAUGGACGAAACGAUGGAGGGAACAACCAAUAUAGCAGCCGAACAUCAACCAUUCGCGCAAUUAAAAACCUACCCCGGACCAGCGAAGAAGCUUGGUAGACCAAGCUCCUCGGGAGGGGAUGAUGUGUCGGUACGACAGACAUCGUCGUUGUCGGCGGAGCCGAGCGUCGCCAGCGCUCUGUCCGAUUUUCACGUACCUGAAAGUCCAAUUCUGGACAUAACGUAUAAGACUUUAGAUGAGAGAACACAC